UUGCCACGAUCAGUUUAUGCUACUUCACUCGCUGAUAACGUGUCGAGCGGAAAAGAGCUUGCACUCCUACUGACCGCGUUACGACUACUCCACACCUGUGGACACAACGAAUCGAGUUCCGCACUCCCUGACUGGCUGGAACCACUGAAUUCCAUCCACUGUUCGUAUAAUAGAGACUUUUUUGUUUUUUUACUUCGCGCACGAGUAAUUGAAGUGAUGAUGGUCUUCCAUGGAAGCGAGCUCAACUCGCCAAGCCCGCCAGCACAAGUGCCCACUGUGGACGAACCCGAGGAAGAACCAAAGAAAUCUCUUCAACAUGUCAAGCGCCCCAUGAACGCGUUUAUGGUUUGGAGCCAGAUCGAGCGUAGAAAAAUGGCCGAGGAGCACCCUGACAUGCAUAACGCCGAGAUCAGCAAACGUCUGGGAAAACGCUGGAAGCUGCUCUCGGAGGGUGAAAAGAGACCGUUUGUAGAGGAAUCGGAGCGUCUUCGCAUAAGACACAUGCAAGCUUAUCCCGAUUACAAAUACCGUCCGCGUAAGAAAAAGCAACCCAGUAAGAAGAAUAGCAACGGUGCACCAGAUAGUAAAAACUCGAAUUCCGCGGAAGGGCACUCAAGGAAGAACGUCGCAGAAGCGGCGGGCACCAAGCGCGAAGCCCUUCCCGGCGCGCACGGAUUUCCUGGCUUGAGUUCCUCCAAGAAACACGGCAGUUCCCUCGGCGAGCCUCCGUUCAAGAAGCAACGACGCGAUUUCGUUUCGCCGAUCACCCCACCACCGAAUGUUCCCGAUGCGAUCGGCACCACACCAGAGGACCCUAUUGAUCAGCUUUCGUUGUAUGACGACUUCGAGCAAGCGUUCAAACAAGAUCAGCAAGUGCCUACGAGUGUAAAUCACAACCAACAGAUUCCCAACUCGUGGCCAAGCUUAGAAUUUGGUAAUGUGAACUUCAAUGGCUUGCCUGUUUCCCCUUUGCUUGAUCUGAACGGGGCAAAUGGUGGCCAAUUUGAUUUUCCCGAUCUUUAUACCCCACCUGAGGUUUCUGAGCUUAUUCAAGGUCAGUGGCUAGAGAACUCUCUCGGACAUUUGUAGCUGAUUGUCGUUUUCGCCGUGAAAUGUUGUGCUGGUGGAAGGACACUACUUUUGACUUGUGGAAUUUCCCCUUCUAGAGAUUUUUAUAAGCUUAAAAACAUUCGCGGGGUUGUUGUUUGAACCCUUCGUUUUUUCUAACCGCUAUGGACACGUUAUCUGUGUAUAGUUUUUUUUUCGACCGAAGAUUUAUUUCGUUCAUUUUGUAUUGACUGGUGUAUUCUCGUUUUAGAGAGCUUUUAUUAAGAUAAUUGUACAAAAAAGGAUCCUAAAUAAUUUAAAAGUUCUCCGAAGUGCUGUAUUUUUACGAAUUUCUCUUUUCCCUCGCCAUGAAGCGUGUUUAAAAGUGAAUCAAAAUUGAAGAGGAGAAAAUUAUAAUACUAUUAUUAUGAAAAUUUAAA